AUGCCUAACGUCUCCGCAGACAUGCCUCCCCGUCCAGAAUUUACCCCAUUCACAAUUCCAUACCUCUGCAUUUCCAAGCCAUAUGAUGGGAAAGGGUUCUGGACAUAUCCAGAGCGCCACGGUUGGAUCAUACACGCGAAGGACAAGAAAUGUCAUGUCCUCUGUCCACCAGGCAUCUGCCGUGACGGCAGCCUGGCAGACUCUAGGACGCGGGUCCAAUCACCGAUAUUGUCGCGUAUCAACGGAAUGCCGGUCACUGCCAGUGACAAAGUUGAGUUCCUGCAAGCUUGGCUCUUCUUUGGCGUCCUCACGGAAGUCUCUGCUUUAUGUGGACUCGAGCUUGAUGUUGAAGCAGAGUUUAUUGUUGACAAUGGAUCUGUCUCCACUGCGAAGCUCAACGGCUUACCGGGGAGAUGGUUCGCAGCUGCAAUGAAGAAGAAUCGAGCAGGUGAUCAUGCGUUCAUGGAACAUAUUCUAUCAAUUGUGCGACAUGCAAUUUUAAUGCUUUCUGAAGAGAAAGCCGAGGAUCAUACCCGGAUAUUCAAGUAUACGUACGCCGAAUGUCGUGUCCUGCACUCUCUCGACAUCACUGCCCGUAUUGUCGCUCUACACCUACUUUUGCAUGUAUACAUGCCCGGGUUUACAGUGACCGAUGAGAAUGGAUGGGGCCGCCAAAGGAUCUUGAAAAGCGUGGAUUGGCUCUACCGGGAAUGUGAGGGAAUGGACCAGUUGUCCGAUAUAGUGGAAACAGAACUCACAGAAAAAGGCUGGUGCCAGAGCGAGAUUGACCUGCUAGCAUCUGAUGACCUGGCCUUCGCAUCCCUCCUCACUCGUCCGAGAAUCAGGGACCAUUCUAGCUGUGGGGAUGUUAUUUGCAAUGCAUAUCAGACGGAUGAGGCGACUUACGUUACGAGGCAUGUGCAGGACGGAUGCAGCUGCAAAUUCGUGGGUGUACCGGCGAGCCUUUUGGUUAAUGCAUUGUCCCAGAACAAGGUUCCCAAACUGUGUAUUACUGGGCAGUUGGAGUUACGAGUGGUUAUGGAAGACAACUACCCAUAUAUUGCAUUCUCCCAUGUUUGGGCCGAUGGGCUUGGAAACCCGCUCACAAAUGCACUUCCUAGAUGCCAACUUCGUCGAUUGCGGGAUUAUGCAAACAAGCUAUACCGCACACACAAUCCUGCACCAACCUCCGAAUCGGCUGACUUGCCAGUCGCACUUUGGCUGGAUACGCUCUGCAUACCCGUCGAGCGAAGUGCAGUAGCGUACCGUAAGAAAGCCAUCCAGCUCCUAGGGAAGACUUUCAACGAGGCAGAUGCGGUCUUAGUUCUCGAUCGGGAACUCGAGAUCGUUGAAUCUGCUGCGGCGUCGUUUUUGGAACUGGGAUUACGCAUCCUAUGCAGUGGUUGGAUGAAACGCCUAUGGACGCUACAGGAGGCAACACUGGCAAGUGAGGCGCAUAACAUAACCCUCCUGUACUUUCAGAUGCACGACGGACCUUUCUUGUACCAGAAAUAUGAUCGCAACAGACGUGCGCUACAACGUGUCAACGAACGCACAACCGAGGUCCAGGCAGAGGAGCGGUCUCUUCUUCUUGAUGACGGCAUGAUGCUGGAGCUCGGGGCGCAACUACCGUCUGUGGGCAUGAUGCGCAAUAUGCGACAAGGUUGGUCACCAUUCAGUGUCAUAUACUCUGCCAUAGAGCAUCGGUCAACUAGCAAAGCCGAAGACGUACCGAUAUGCAUUGCCUCCUUAUUGGGCAAAGACCUAUCUACUAUUAUUUCCGGUGCGGACGUAGAACAACGAAUGGCCAACUUCUACGUUCUCAUGCGGGAAGUCCCACUUGGUGUGAUGUGGUGCGAGGGACCGGAGAGGCUAAGCAUUAAGCCGUUUCGUUGGGCGCCCCUGUCGAUCAGUGCCUGCCCGCCGACCACUUUCAUGGGGUGGGAGGAUUGCGUUUGCGACUCUGCUGGCCUGCAUGUCAAGUAUGGCGGCUUUAUCUUCGCGGAGAGCGAAGAAGAACGACAUGAUUCGAAGGCAAUUCUUCCCCAUGUCAUCGACAUGGUAUCUGCCGAGACAGGCGGUGUAUUAGGGCGACUCUCUGAUCUUCCAAUACUGGAACGUCGGGAAAUUACGCUGCAGCGGAAUUUAGCAGUGAUAGUCAGGCAUGAUGACCAUUCUGGUAUGCAUCCCGCUGCCGCGAUCGUGGUCGUGGAGGACACUGUCGAAGUGGACGGUGGGAUGCAAUUGACUGAGUUUGUGUGCAGAAUUGUUGGUUACAUGUAUCUCUGGUCUUCAGAUCGGGAUCCAGGAACGGGAGUUCGUGUCCAUGCCACAGCGGUCGAUCAGAUGUGGUGUAUAACUUGA